ACCGCUGCUCGCCUGAACCGCUUUAGUCCCUCGAGUUAUAAAAAUAAAAGCACGUUACUGUGUCUGGCUCUGAGGAUUUAAAACCCUGAGCUGUGUGAGGACAUGAAAACAGAGACAUCCAUGGAUGGAGAGACCUCAGAAGCCUGUGUGAAGAAAGAGGAGACGCUGGAUCUGAAUAUCUACAGCUAUGGAGACGAUCUCGACAACCCACCUGAAGGUCUCUCCGUUAAAGUGGAAGAUCCUGACAAUAAAGACUAUCUCUACUGUGAAGUUUGCAAAUCCUUCUUCCUCAACAAAUGCGAGGUUCAUGGACCACCCCUCUUCAUCCCCGAUACUCCUGUUCCCAUGGGAGUCCCUGACCGAGCCAGACAAACACUUCCUCCUGGGCUAGAAAUCCAGAAGUCCAGUAUUCCUGAUGCAGGCCUGGGAGUGUUUAAUAAGGGGGAGACUGUUCCAGUAGGUGCACACUUCGGCCCCUGCCAGGGAGAGCUGGUGAACCGAGAGGAAGCCAAGAACAGUGGCGACUCCUCGGUUGUAUUCAGGAGCAUACAGUGUGAAGAAUACAUCGAUGCCAAAAGAGAGACGCAUGUGAAUUGGAUGAGGUAUGUGAAUUGUGCCCGUAAUGAAGAAGAACAGAAUCUUGUGGCAUUUGAGUAUCAAGGGGGAAUUCUGUAUCGUUGCUGUCGAUCCAUUAACCCAGGACAGGAGCUCUUGGUGUGGUAUGGAGAGGAGUACACCAAAGAACUCAGUCCUGCACCUACAGGAACAACCAGACAGCAAGAAGUAAAGAACGCUCUGCUGCAAGUCUUUUCCUGCUCCACAUGCCCUCGUUCCGAUGCAUCUCCAAUUUACCUCGACAAGCAUAUCCAGAGAUGCCACUAUGAAGAGCACGUGAGACUGCGAGAAUCAGGAGAGAUUAAAUAUAAGCUUCAGAUCCCCUCCAAAUGCUCCAGUCGUCAACCAACAUCAACUGAUAUUAUCCAUUUUGAUACUUCCCAUAAUGAUAUACAGAAGGAAAUUCACCACAGCUCAGAUUGUGGAAAGAGUUUUAGUUAUCAGAAUGCACUCAAGACACACCAGCGCAUUCACACAGGGGAAAAGCCGUAUCACUGCUCACAGUGUGGGAAGAGUUUUACUCGUCAGAGUCAUCUCCAAACACACCAGCGCAUUCACACAGGAGAGAAGCCGUUUCACUGCUCACAGUGUGGGAAGAGUUUUACUUGGCAGAGUUAUCUCCAACGACAUCAGCGCAUUCACACAGGAGAGAAGCCGUAUCACUGCUCACAGUGUGGGAAGAGUUUUACUUGGCAGAGUGAUCUCCAACGACACCAGCGGAUUCACACAGGAGAGAAGCCGUAUCACUGCUCACAGUGUGGGAAGAGUUUUACUCGUCAGAGUGCUCGCCAAACACACCAGCACAUUCACACAGGAGAGAAGCCGCAUCACUGCUCACAGUGUGGGAAGAGUUUUACUCGUCAGAGUUAUCUCCGACUACACCAGCGCAUUCACACAGGAGAGAAGCCGCAUCACUGCUCACAGUGUGGGAAGAGUUAUACUUGUCAGCGUGAUCUCCAACAACACCAGCGCAUUCACACAGGAGAGAAGCCGUAUCACUGCUUACAGUGUGGGAAGAGUUUUACUCAGCAGAGUUAUCUCCGACUACACCAGCGCAUUCACAUAGGAGAGAAGCCGUAUCACUGCUCACAGUGUGGGAAGAGUUUUACACGUCAGAGUGCUCUCAAUACACACCAGCGCAUUCACACAGGAGAGAAGCCGUAUCACUGCUCACAGUGUGGGAAGAGUUUUACUCGUCAGAGUUAUCUCCGACUACACCAGCGCAUUCACACAGGAGAGAAGCCGUAUCACUGCUCACAGUGUGGGAAGAGUUAUACUCGUCAGAGUGCUCUCCAAACACACCAGCGCAUUCACACAGGAGAGAAGCCGUAUCACUGCUCACAGUGUGGGAAGAGUUUUACUCGUCAGAGUGCUCUCCAAACACACCAGCGCAUUCACACAGGAUAGAAGCCGUAUCACUGCUCACAGUGUGGAAAGAGUUUUACUCGUCAGUGUGAUCUCCAACAACACCAGCGUAGUAUUCACACAGGAGAGAAGCCGCAUCACUGCUCACAGUGUGGAAAGACUCGUCAGUGUGAUCUCCAACAACACCAGCGUAGUAUUCACACAGGAUAGAAGCCGUAUCACUGCUCACAGUGUGGAAAGAUGUUUGCUUGUUUAGUUACAUUUAAGACCUUCAAGUGCAUUAACUCAGAGACACUGCAUGAUUUAAAGUUGUCAAAUUAAAUAUGGUUAUUAGUUUUGACUGAAAAUGACCUGUACUUUGAACUUUAUUGUUCAUGUUACACUGGUCAACAAUUUUUCAGAAGUUGCCUGCUUCAGAGAUGAAGUUGGCUAUUAUGAAAUUUGGUGUGCUGAAUUAGAAGUGACAGUUAAUCAGCUGACUGGCUGUGGCUUCCAAGAUAUUUAAGAUUUUAAAUUUUAUACUUAUGUGCAUUGUGUAGAUCGUAAUGUUUUAAAUAUAAAUUGUAAAACUAGGUCUCUUCAUGUGUUUAUGGUCGGUUUACAUGAUAUUUCACCUGUUCUCUUUAUGUAACACUAGAAAAUCAGCAAAAAGUUUAUAUAAAUAAAAUGUAUUAUGAACCAAAUUGCAAAAACCAAUUAUGUAUAAGUACUGAAUAGGUUUAGUCCUUAUUCUGUGUGUAUGCAGUGGGUUUUUAUUUAUUUAUUGGCAGCUUGUCUCUUGUAUUCAUGAAACGGAGCAUCUCUUGUCAAGCAAAGACUUGAUCUCGAGUGCAUAGCACUGUAUGAAUUUUUUUUUUGAGCUGAUAUAAGACCAGUUUGUUCAGCAGAGUGAUGUCAGUUGACUUAUGAUUGCAUCAUCAGUGACUUCUAAGAAUAACAUUGUCAUGUAUGAUGCAAUACCGGCUUCAGCUUGCAUCAUUCAUUGUUUUGCCAAAAAAGUAAGUACUAUCCAAACCCACUCAUAGAUUUAUUCAUAGAGCCAAUCUUGAAAACAAGCCAAUGAACAAUUUUAAGUUUCAUUUUCGUUCUCAGCGAUCCAGAAUUAGUAAAGUUUGACUAUAUUUAUUUCAGAAGCAUUUUGGCUGUAGACCAGUGUUCUAUGACUGUUUUAAAAUAUGUAACCUUAUAGUGAUGUUUAAAAUGAGACUGUUAAUGUUUUCUUUUGCUCUUAAGUAGUCAUUAAUUACCACCAUACAAAUAAUGAUUUAACUGUAACACUUAUCAGUGUAGUACUGCAGCAUGAGACUAAUUGUUCAUGGAAUUAUUACUGAUCAGGAUUUUAAUGUUUAAUGGAAAUGUCGAUCAAAUCAAAUGAGUACGGAGCACUUAAAUGAAGCUCGUCCAACUAUAUGCAUCCACCUCGUCUCACUGGUUGAGGAGAAGGCAUCAAAGUUGUUUAUAAUAAUCUAGGAAUUGUACAAAAACCUGAACAAAAUUCAGUAUGCUUGAAGUUCUUUAUCCUAAUGUAUGUAGC